CGUGAUUCUUUCCAAUAUCUUGACAAGCAUUUGAGAAAACCAUUGUGUGUGUGCGUGUUCUUGGUCGAUCCAAGUUCCAGCGCGCAAUGCUUGCUCUAUGAUCGCUGGGCGAUGGCUGCUACAAGCAUUCAGGGAAGCUCUUGCCAGCGCCGGCGCGCCCAAGAGCAUCGAAGGCCAGUACGCCAAUCUCCUGCGCCAAUGCCGAGAUCUCGGCGAGGCAAAGCGUCUCCACUGCUGGAUCCGAGAGCGCGGCCACGGAUCCAGCACCUACGUCUCCAACAUGAUCGUCCAAAUGUAUGGCAAGUGUGGCAGCGUCGACGACGCAUGGAUCGUCUUCUCCUCGAUCCAAGCUCGCAACGUUUUCUCCUGGAACAUGAUCAUCGCAGCAUUUGCCCAGAACGGGCAUCCGGAGCGCUCUGUGGCGCUCUUCUGGCGGAUGAUCCGCGAGGAGCCGGGCAUCAUCCCCACCAGGAUCACAUUCCUCCAUGCGCUAGAGAAGCUCAAGAACCUCGCGGAGGGGAGGAAGAUCCACGAGCUCGCAAUUACCGUGGGGUUGGAGAGCGAUCCAGCUGUGGGCACAGCGAUCGUCACCAUGUAUGGGAAAUCCAGGAGCCUCGCUGAUGCCAAGCGUGUGUUUGAUCAAUUGAAGCGCAGGGAUGUCGUGGCAUGGACAGCGCUCAUCACUGCCUACACCCAGAACGGGCAUUGCGAAGAGGCGCUGGAUCUCUACAGCUCGAUGGAUCCGGAUGGUGUGGCUCCAAAUCAGUACACCUUCACGAUCGUGAUCGAUGCGUGCGCGGAGCUGGGGCGGCUGGACGUGGGCAUCGCGAUCCACGCAAGGAUCACUGCCGCUGGGCUGGAAUCCUGGAUCGAGGUCGCGAAUUCGCUGAUCAAUCUCUAUGGGAACUGCAAGAGAUUGCGCGAUGCCGAGAGGAUCUUCCAGAGAAUGCCCAGGAGGAGCUCUGUUUCGUGGAACUCUAUGAUCGCAGCGUAUGCUCACAAUGGGCACCCAGGAGAUGCGAUCGAUCUCUACAAGAGAAUGCGCGGCGAUGGAUCCGUGAAGCUCGAUCCAGUGACAUUCGUGAAUGUUCUUGGCGCUUGCUAUAGCCAGGAAGAUCUGGCGGCUGGGCGAUCGAUCCAUCGCGACGCCAUAGCUCGCGGGCUGGGAUCUCAUCUAGUGCUCGCCUCUGCAGCUGUGAGCAUGUAUGGGCGCUGUGGCAGCGUCGAGGAAUCCAUGGCGACGUUCGAGAGAAUGGAGAUCAAGGACGGUGUGGCGUGGAGUGCUGUGAUCGCAGCUCUUGCCCAGAACGGAGAAUCGAGCAGCGCUCUCCAUUUCUAUCGCCGGAUGAUCUGGAGCUCCAGCGCGAGGCCCAACGAGGCGACGUUCAUCAGUGUUCUUGAGGCGUGCUCCUUCGCCGACGAGGGGAUCAAGAUCCACCAGCACAUCGUCGACAGUGGGAUCGUCCACUCCACCAUGAUCUCCACCGCGAUCUUCAACAUGUAUGCCAAGUGUGGCCGCCUCGAUCGCGCGCGAGAGAUUUUCUCCUCCAUGAGGGCGUCUCGCGGAUCGUUCCAGAGCGCCAACGAUGUUUCUUGGAUGAACAUGAUCUCGGCACUCGCCAGGCACGGAUCGAUCGACGAAGCGCUGGAGCUCUUCCGAGAGAUGCGAUUGGAGGGCGGCAAACCCAGCGAGAUCGUGUUUAUCAGCAUCCUCCACGGGUGUAGCCACUCCGGGACGAUGGAGCAGGGAUUGGGGCAUUUUCUUGCGAUGAUCCAAGAUCAUGGGCUUGCUCCGCGAGUGGAGCACUAUGGGUGCUUGAUCGAUCUCCUUGGGCGAGGCGGGCAUCUGGAUCUGGCGCAGGACCUAGUGGAUCAGAUGCCGUUUGAGCCGGAUGCCAGAGCGUGGUCGAAUUUCUUGGGAUCUUGCCGGCUGCAUUCUGAUCGCGAUCGAGCCGAGGCCGCGGCGAUCCGGGUGUUUGAGCUAGAGCCGGAGAAAGCCGCGAUCUAUGUGUCCUUGUCCGGGAUGUGCUUCGCAGAGGAAGACGAAGACCCCUAAAUUUUUAGAGAAGGAAGAACCCUAAAUUUUUAAAACCAAAUUUAAAUUCAAACUUUCAAACUUUCGCGGGAA